AUGGAAAAAUCACGGGUACCCCCUCGCCCUCGAUAUACGCGAUGGGGUUUACCACUGGCAGCCGUGUUGACCUUCCUGGUGUGGCCGGUCCCUUGGCCUUCGCGGACCUGGAUCACGCCAGAUGUCCCUGUCCCGCUCACCUGGGAUGAGAUCACGCCCGCGCAGUGGCUGGAAUAUCACAACUGUGGGGAUGAAUUCCAGUGCGCGAGGCUGGAAGUGCCUAUGGACUAUAAUCGAACCGAUGGGAACGGGCGUACAUUUGCCUUGGCUGUUGUUCGAUUACCAGCCAAGGUGCCUGUCACUGAUCCCCGGUAUGGAGGCGCGAUAUUAAUUAACCCUGGCGGACCUGGUGGUCCCGGAACAAUGCAGGCAUUUCUGUCGGGUCCCGAUCUCCAGCAGAUUGUUGAUGCAGAAGGUGAUCCCAGUGAAACAAGAGAGAGUACUGUCGAUAAGUAUUUCGAUAUCAUCGGGUUUGAUCCUCGGGGAGCGGGGUCCACGACACCGCCUGUGAUGUGUUUCCCUGAUCCGGUGUCCCAACGGAAUUGGGAGCUGCAAGUUGCUACCGAAGGCAUGCUCGGUAGCGGUUGGGAUGCGCUGCAGAGAAACUGGCAGCGCACCGAAGCGCUCAAUUCGGGUUGCUCGGUGUAUGAUAUGUCCAGCUUGGAAACAGACGAGCCAAUGAUGUCAUUUGUGAAUACGCGACUGGUCGCGGAGGAUAUGCUGACUAUCAUUGAGCGACAUGGCGAGUGGCGUGAGAAGCAAGGUCAAGCAGCCCACAAGUGUCAUGGGUCGGAUGAGACUCAGGCAAUUUUAGAGCGCACUCGAUGGCACCGUGGGGAAGAACCACUACUUUACUGGGGCCGGUCAUAUGGAACCCUCCUCGGUAGCACAUUUGCCUCGCUCUUCCCGGAUCGAGUAAACCGAGCCGUUCUUGACGGUGUAGUUGACAUGUUCAAAUACUACCAAGGCACAGGGAAAAGCGCCAUCACUGACGCAGAUGCAAUAUUCGAGCGGUUCGGACAAUACUGUAAUGAAGCAGGGCUAGUUGGCUGUCCAUUCUACAUUGAUGGCGGCGCAGACGCCAUCAAAGAAGCUUACUGGCAGCUUGAGAAACAAAUCCUCAAUGCAUCGAUACCGGUGAUGGCCUCUGCUUUACGGGGCCCCGAGGUUGUCACAUGGACGGACAUCAAAGCGAUGCAACGAGUCGCCAUAUACCAACCCCUGUUUGCAUUCCCUCUGCUGGCAAGGAGAAUGAAUGAGCUAUCCAAAGGCAACGCCGUCCCCGCGGCCGAUUUUAAGCAUGGGAAUCACUUCGGCGCGUGUCCAUCUAACGCGUGUAGUCGUGCUGGGCCUUGGUCUGCUGAGUGUGCUCGUGCGCAGGAUAAUGGGCUUUACGCGAUGUCUGCAAUUCUGUGCUCGGAUGCGGAGUUUCUGACCACUCUGAGCAUGGAAGAGUUCAAGUUUAUGUGGGAUGAGCUUACGGCUGAUAGUUAUUCGCUUGGGGAUUACUGGGCGCAGAUGCAGUUGAGCUGUGUUGGUUGGAAGGCAAAGCCAAAAUAUCCGUUCCGAGGGCCUUGGGGUGGGAAUACAGCACAUCCUUUGCUCAUUGUGUCGAAUACUCUCGAUCCAGUUACGCCUCUACACAGUGCCCAACAUAUGGCUCAGAUGUUCCCAGGAUCUGGCUUACUCCAACAAGAAUCAGAAGGGCACACUACAAUCGCGGCUCCGUCAAUCUGUAUCGCCAAAGCCAUUCGCAACUACUUCCAGACAGGCGCAUUACCCGCCGCAGGAACCCUCUGCCAAGCAGAUCUAAAACCACUGGUUGGUUCCCCUGAUCAUGCCGCCACUCUCAGCGAGAGUCUCAGCCCAGCCGACCGUAAGCUGUUCAAGGCUUUGAUGGCGGAGGUUGAGCGAGGACCUAUGUUCCCGGUAUAA